AUGAUUCCUCAUGAAGAGCCUGGAUCCCCUACAGAAAUCAAAUGUGACUUUCCGUUUAUCAGACUAAAAUCAGAGCCAGCCAGACAGUGA